AUGGCGUGCAAACCACCAAUCUAUAACGGGGAAGUUGACCCGAUAAUCUGCCAAAGAUGGGCAAGUGACGUCGAAGGAGUGUUCGAACGAACCCACUGUGACGUAGGUGACUUUGUUGCUUACGGAACGGGUCAAUUGAGAAAUCAAGCCAAGGAUUGGUGGGACAAACAAAAGAAGGAAAUGGGAGCCGAAGCGGCAAGGGUCAUGACUUGGGAUGAGUUUAAGGAAACUCUCACAGAAAUCAUCAACACCGCCCGGGAGCGGGAAAUCGAGUUAAAGAAGCAAGUUGAGAGGGGUGAGCGAAGGGCACAAGAUGUGAAUCCAAGCCCUACAAAGAAAGCUAGAACUGCUGAAUCGGGGAAGAAAGUGGAGGCUAAACGCGGGUCGCCAAGUUGCAGAGUGUGUGGAAAGGGGCACAAAGGGGAGUGUCGCCUCAAAGACAAGCCGUGUCUGCUAUGUGGGAAGACGGGACACACUGCAUCGCUAUGUACCGGAAAAGUUUCAGUUUGUUACAAAUGUUAUCAACCCGGCCACAAAAAGUCUGAAUGUCCCGAGUUGGUUGGAAAGAGAGACACAAAAGAGUCUCCAGCAGAAGCUCCCAAAGCGAAGGCUAUGUCCUUCCAACUUACCGCGGCUGAAGCAAAAACAGAACCCGAUGUAGUCUCAGGAAAGGAAGUCGGAGCUACGAGCGGACAAGCCGGUGUAGACGCACGACUAAAGGGUGCGCUUUGA